AGGGCCAGAAAAGCAAAGCAAAGGGAAAAAAAAGUUGUGUCGCGAGUUCGAAUCCCGUCGUGCACACGUUUCCAGGCUUUCCACGCUAUCUUGGAAAUAUUCCCAUAACCUCCCCCUAUUAGUUUAUCACAAGCAGAGAUAAUAGUUCACUCAAUGGCAUGCCACAACUAAGCUAUUGGCACUCAGUAGAAGUAUCUGCGGGAUCAAGACCGACUCUGCGUGAAAAAGAGGUUGACAUACUUGUGGAGGACUCUGUCGGGUUGUACCAAGGUAAAUCAAAGAUCUUGAAGAGACAGAAUGGAAGAGCGUAUUUGACUUCACAACGGCUGAUAUACAUAGACAAUGUAUCACCAAAGGAUAUGAGCUUGGCAGUAGAGCUUUCAGAUGUCAAUUCCGUGGAGUUUACAGGGAAGUUUCUCCGAUCUUCACCCAAGAUCACCAUUUUCUUCAAAUCCUUCAAGCCCUCAAGGGCGAAGAAGCGGACAACUGCCAGACAGACAACAUGGAUAUGUCCAAUAUGUUCGUUUGCUAACACAACAAGUGCAUACCAGAACUAUCAAGAUGGUCAGUUCAUACCCGCAUGCGAAACUUGUGGCGUGAAGCCAGACAAAGAGGUGAUCAAGAACGCCAUUGAAAACUCUAAGAAGGACGUCAAAGAGCCACAACUUCAGGAGCAGGACUCUUCCAGGUCUAAGCAGAUUGAGUGUCCAGCGUGCACUUUCUUGAAUCAUCCUUCAAUGAGAAACUGCGAGGUGUGUGGAACAGUGUUGCCGAUAAACAAGGCCAACGAAUCCACGACCGAUGAACAAGAGAUCUUUGAUGACAGAAUCAGAAUCGAGACAGAGGCGCAUGAUGGAUUAGACGAAGUACCAAUCCCCUUCAUCAAACUGAGUUUCCACAAAGGUGGUGAUAAGGUCUUUUUCCAAAGGUUUGAACAAGCAUUAGAAAAACUACAAUGGGAGCAACUUGUUUCGCAAGGUAAUGUUAACAAAAACGUUGUGAAAUCACAAGAUCAAAAGGUUGAGAUUGAGAGGCCUGAAUCUCGUGGUGUCGGCUUGCAUAGACUUGCGAUGAUGGAGGAGAGUAGGACGAGGAAAAACGAAGAGAUUAUUAACUCAUCCCUGGAUGAUUUACAUGCACUGUUAGCAAAGGCCAACGAGAUCAACAGUUUAAUAGAGAGUUUCAAGAGAUUACAAACUGGUGAUGCGAGAUCACAGGAGAAGAUCAUACCAACCAUAAACCAAGUUACACAGAGUAUACUGAGAGAUCCCUCUAAGGAGGAUCAACAGAAGCUGUACCUUCAGGAGAUCUCGAGACAGAUAUCUGAAUUCCUGAUUACGGAUAAGACCUUGGAACAAGAAGGUGGCAUUAUUACACUAAUGGAUUUGUAUGCACUGUACAACAGAGGACGUGUUGGAUUUAACCUCAUUUCGCCUGAUGAGUUAUACGGAGCGUGUUCCUAUUUCGAAAAGUUGAACCUUCCUCUAAUACUCAAGAGGAUUAACAAAGUGCUUGUGGUUCAGGACCACAAGUUUGCCAACCAUGAACAGCUGAUUUCUGAUAUUCGCAAGUUUAUCGAUAUUUAUGGUGUUGCAGAUAAGUUCCAAUUCAAGUAUUGCAACAUCUUAAGGGCAAGUGAAUAUUUCAACUGGAGCUUAAGCAUAACAGAAGAGAUAUUCAACAGUGCCAUUGAGAAUGGAUUACUGUGUGUUGAUCAACAGAUUAGUGGGAAGCAUUAUUACCUGAACGAAUUCUUAAUUGCGGAGGAACAAGAGAGACAGAUAAUGAUGAGCCCUAUUGUGGAACCGUUUCUUGCCACUGAAUCCAAAGAUGAUAUCAUUCCAGAGAUGGACAUUGAUGCUUUGAAAUUGAGAAUACACCAACAGAAAUUGGCCAUUGAAGAGAGCACAAACUCUUACGAAUGUUUACCUACAUUCCCAAACGUUCCAUCGCAGAAACUUGAUACAGAUUCUGGUGUCGAUUCACCUAAACAGGCAACAGCAAUGAAGUCAAAGACGUUGAGUGAGCUAGAAGGACUACAAUUUUGAAAAUAGAGUUCCCCUCUAUGUCGUUGAUGUAAGAUAAUGAUGCAAAUAUAAAAAAAAAUACCUGUAUAUGUGGUGCUAUA